AAAAAAUAAACAAGAAAAGGCAAACGAAAAUCGAAAGCUGAAUAAUUGCAACCAGUGUAUAGCAGGAAAUCAUCGGCCAUAGUUUUAUCGACACAUUGAAUCGCAUCACAUUCGAUCGUUUUAUAUAUUUUUGUGAUAAAUCUCUUUCAUUUUUCGAUACACUAUGAUUUUAAUAUGAGUUUUCGUUUGUGCUUCCCAGGAAUGUCGUCAUUAGAAUGGGAAUGUAUUGAAGCAGUCUCAUAGCGAAUUCAGAAAUAUAACGGAGGUCAAGACAUUUAUAGUGUGUGUGUUUCUUCAUGAAACUUUAAGCUGACGAUGAUCGCGAUCAUGAGUUGCCAAAAAUAAAAAGAAAAAAUUUUCAUGGACAGUCUACACUUUCAACCAGCAAGUGACAUACAAAUAUUCCUAGCUAUCUGCUAAAUGAUCCCAAACUAAAGCAGGAAGAAGGCAAGCGGUUCGCUUACUAAUGUAAAUAUGAAACAUAAAAUAGUGACAUCAGCUUCGAUAGUUCUACUGGAUCUGUCCGACCACUGGAAAAGUGUAAAGGUGAAGUAACAACAAUAUAUAAUGGAUUCGUUAAGGGGUAGCAAGUGCAAUGUUAGCGAUAAUCAAAUACUAAAAACAGAAGAAAUGGACUCUGAAAUGGAACCAGAGAAGGGCGACCUCAGCCCUGAAAAUUCCAAGAAAAGUGAUAAUUCGCCUCUAGAUGACCAAACUACGAAACCGAUAUCGCUAGAACAUGAAUGCAUGGAUAAGAAAACACAACACAGUAACUGUUAUUCCAGUAGCGGAAUUAGUGACAGUAUAAAUGUAAAUAAAAGUGUGUCAAUGCAAGAAAUGAAAAGCAAUGUACGUAGUUUAAGUGAAGACUUGGAAGUACGAAACUCCUUCGCUUUCACAAUUGAUUUCGGAGAUGGUAUUAAAUCAGUGGAUUCUCAACGCCACGAAAAAAUGCUUGAACGUUUUCAAAAUCGUCAUAGGCGCGGUGUUUCGUUAUCGAAAUUAGAAGCAGGAUCAGCAGCAUCUGCAACGAAGACUGGUUCGGCACAGGUCAAUCCACCACGAAGAAAUAAAGGAACACCAGCUGAAAAUGUAUGCACGGAAGUAAGAAUAAGAAAAAAUAGUAAAUACAUAAGAGAUUCAGCAAGCAAAAGGCAUAGCUGGAGUCCUCGAACUAGUAUGGCUGAAGGAGUAGUCAAAGAGUCUGAAACACAAACGAAAAACAAAUUUACACCGAAAUCUACUACAUUACAGAUUGCGUUCGAGCAAAAAAACAUGGCAAAAGAUUCUUGUUCUAGUUCCGAAUUCAAUGCAGAGAGCUUAGAAUCCUCCAUAGGACUACCAUGUAUUGAGCCUCCGUUGGAGAACUUCAGGAAUGAAGAUGACGAUGGAAGUGUAAGUGAGGCAGGGACGUACACAUUGGAUGGUGAUAACUAUACCGAGGAACAGAAAGAACUUAUGAAUAUUGAUCGAAUAACGUCCGUUAGGCCAGAGACAAAUUCAAACCUCCUGUUCACUACCGGACCUAAUUUAAUCAACUCCCCAAAGCGGCCAACAAGCUUUCAAGAUGAAUUGGAAGUUAUAGAUUUAGAUCGGCAAGGCUCAGGAACACCACCUACUGAAUGCCGGAAGAGCAAUAUUUUGGAGGUAGCUUUCUUUCAUGAAACUUCCUCUGUGCAGCCAAUUAAAACCAAACAAUCAUAUUUGGAUAGAUUUAAAACACGAGUGAAAAAUAUUACACAUAAAUCGAAAACUCCAGACAAACAUGUUUCAAUACAUGAAGAGAAUUCACCGGAUCAGGGAACUUUCACUUCAGUUACAACAAGUGGUAUAUUAAGUACUAAGUCAUCCCUGGAAAAGCAUCCUAGAGUAUAUCAACGAAAUAGUCUUACUAAAUCACACAUUGAUAAUUCAGAAUACGUUCAAGGCGUGGCCACGUUUAAUAUUCACAAUUAUAACGAAGAAGAUAAAAUUCUUAACUGUUACACAGAUUCCGAGAAAGCAAAUGUACUAUACAAUUACGACAGUCCACGGCGCAAAACUGGGGCCGAUGCCUCAGCCAUCAGUUCAGUUGUAAGCAAAAAAGACUGGAUACAAGAAUGGGCCAAAAACGCACGGGAAUAUUCCGAGAACCCAACAUCUAGUUGUAGCAAUAACACAAAUGCGAAUACACACAUGACGAAAAGUGUUGAUUUUGAAAAUAGAAACCAAUUUGGUUAUGAUUUUGAUAUCGAUAUGACCAAAAGCGAUUACUAUGGUGCAAAAAAAUAUGAUGAAUUUGGGGAUAAUCUAGACAGGCAUCAUUUGCAUCGCAAGCAACUGGAAAGAUUGAUAAAUAACAAUAGUAGUAGUGAUCCCUCCUUAAAACAAGUUCAUGGAAACGAUGGCAGUGGUUCUAGUUCCAACGAGUUAACCCGACGUGGAAGUAUUAGACAAUAUUCAAGCCCAAAUACUGCAAAGCCACCUAUGAGUCCAAGUAAAAUUCCGUCACCAAUUGGCUCUGUUGACAGAGCACGAAGUGUUAGUAGAAAUCGCAGCCUUCAAGGUAGCACCUCGGAUUUGUCCUUGAACGAGACUGAAAUGUAUCUCCAAAAGACUGCCGCGGCCAUUUCAACGUUACAAAACCUCCAAAGGCGAAAUUCACUUCGCAGUUCUUCGUUGCACAAUUCGUCACAAUCAAGCCCUCUUAAUCCAGCAUCACGUCGAAUGUCUCCGAAAAUAUCACCAAUGAAUUCACUCCAUUCUCCAGUACACAAUUUUUAUCAGGACAAAGUUAAUCACAUAGAUGGACAAGCAUACUCACCACAACAUCAACAAUUACGUAGUUUGCAGCAACAGCAACAACAACAAAAUAUUUUGAAUCAUAAAAGAAAUCUCUCCUUGGAUGGAUCAGAAACCUAUGUCAACGCACUAUCGUCACAAGGUUACGGAAAUCAAAUGAAUAAUAAUAUGAAUGCAAUACUAGAUUUAAAAAAAUCACAUACAAGACACAAUUCGUUCGAAGGUAUAACCACUUUGCCUCCCAAACCAGUAAAAUGUUUUCAAAACUAUGAUCAUGCGUCAUGCUACACCACGAAAGGUACACUUAUCAAUAGUAGUGACGUAAAGUACAACGGUGAUGAAGAAAGCUUAAUUGCACUCAACACUGGUCUAGAGUCCAUAUCGUUGAGUGCUAGGAAAGGAAACACAUCAGUUAAGCAGCCGAUGUUACCAGCAGUUGGAAGAACGUCUCUACAAGUCAAAGCUGCAGCUAAUGUACUAAGUAGACCUACACACUCCAAGUCAACACCAACUCAAGCGCUAUCGCCAAUAAAAAGAUCAAGUUCAUUCUCUGUUAAGGCUAUAAAACCCGUAACUCCUACCUUGACUCCGAAGCUAGGAUCCAGAGCUAUUGUUGGAGGUAAUAAAAUUCAAAAAUCUGCUAGCAGUACUAGUUUUAAAAAGAUGGUUGCAAAUUACAAUGAAGAUGAUGAUGAGUUUUACAUCAACGACGAUGAUGAUCUAGAGUUUGGUCCGGAGUAUUCAUCAAAUUCUGAGGUUAGUGAUAAAGAAGAUUUUACCGAAGAACAGGAUAAAGAGCCAUUAACUAAUACAAGGUACAAUAAAACAUUCCUCAUGCGAAUGGAGCAGAAUAAGAAGAUCGCUACUGGACUAAAACAGGGUGUGGCAGCAUGUCCAAACACUCCCGAAUUGCCUCGACGAACACUUCAGGUCCGUUGCAAUGUUAGGGAUCGUUCAUCAAUGCCGAGGGACUCUAGCUUAAAUCGAAUGAAACAAGAGUUGAAUGUAUCGCGGAAAUCUUCUAGUAAAGAACUCGCUUUAAAAGAGUUUUCACCAGUGCCCAUUGGCAGUGGAACAAAGCAGAAAGUGCAGCCGAAGUAUUUGGAUAUUUCCAAAUAUAAAAUAACAGGAGCGGGCAAUUUUUUAAAGAAAGAUGAAUCAAAGAGCUAUUUAAUGAAACCAGAUGUAAAAAAGAGCCCAAGCAGUGCAUCGGUCGGUAUAAGCAGAACGGAACCGAGUAGAAUGAGCGCAAGAAGUAUAAAAUCAGCUGCAGCGAAAUUAUCAGGGGGUAAAAAAGAUCCUCAAAAAAAUGCGAAGGAACAGGAGCUUGAAAUGUGGCGACGGCGAGCAAGCUAUGAUCCAAUGAAGGCUGCUAUGGAGGGCAAACGAAAACAGGAAGAAGCACGACGACAAACUCAACAACAAGUCGACCGACUAAGUAAAUGCAAUGAAAGCUCCGUACUAAGAUCGAAAUCCUACCACAGUGGCGUUGGGCACGGUACUGGUCCGUUAUAUCACGGUAACGACAGUGGCCGUAGCAAUUUGAAAGGUGCCUACGAUCAAGAAAAUAAUAACGAAGGAAACCAACUGCGUGAACGUUGGACAUUUACAUCUACCGAGUCAAGUGACGAUUUUGAAGAUGAAUAAAUUAUAUCGAACAUAUAUUAGAGGUUUAGGACUCGAAGAAUUGUAUUAGGUUCUCUCGCUUUAAUUAUGAUUUAUACAAUGUUGUUAUGAAAUAAUUUAUCGUGACAACAGUUUACAAUGUGUUAGUCAUUUCUCUGCCUAUAUAGAUGCAAUACAAUGUUUUCGAAUAUAAAUGAACAAGUACGUGAUUGAUAUUGUUGGUCACAUGUUAUUUAUUGUUUUUUAUUACUCAUUUAUUUGAAAUUUGGCUUAUUAACAUAAUGCAUUGAAACAGUUAAAUAGAAUGAUUUCUUUGAUCUUAGAUAUUGUUAUAAGGAAGCUAAAAUAUACGCUGUUCAGCCCAGAAGAAA